AUGCACUUUGAUCUUAAUUUCCCGGUCACUGCAUCUGGACCCUCUUCUCAACCAAAGAAGAACAAAAACAAACAACCCCAGCAAUCCUCGUCAACAGCUUUCACUCCUGCUCAGAUAAAGGGAAUCGAAGCUCGUCUGGACCUUCUUGAACAUUUAGGAUACACUGUGAUUGCAUUUAAUCAAACGCUGAACAAGAAAAUUGAUCCAAAAACCCAUGUCAACAUUCUCGAUGGACUCAUUACACAGCUGAGGGCGAGGCCAGGGACGGUAUUCUUGAAACGACUUACAAUAGUUCUCGAUAAUGACAGCGAGAAAGGCUUUGGUUUGACGAACGCAAACACCUCGCUUGUCGAGCCCUACGAUGUGAUCGCACUUCUGCCAACGACCUCCGCGACAUUUUCACUAGCUUGCCUCACACACAGUCUUCCUUCACCACUAACUGCCCACAUUAUUUCCCUUCCUCUAACGCUCCCCCGACUGCCCUUUCAGUUGAAGCACACACUAGUCAGAACUGCCAUAAAGAACGGCGCAGUUUUUGAAAUCAACUAUGCAGGAGCCAUUGGCGGCGAAAGUGAAGCCAGUCUGUCGGCUUUCGGCGUCACUGAUACAGGCGUGAGUGGCAAACGAAAUUGGUGGGCUGCUGCACGAGAAGUCGUGCGGGUGACUAAGGGCAAAGCCAUCGUUGUGAGUGGCGGAGUUGCCUCUGAGGCAGACUACAGAGGGCCAAAGGAUAUUGCAAAUCUGCUCACGCUGCUGGACCUGGCACAAAAUCUGGCUCAUGAUACAUCAGUUGCCGUACCUAAAUCGCUCAUCUUGCGUGCACAGGCACGCAAAACCUAUCGAGCUGUCCUAUCAGAACCCAGGUUGGUGGUUCCGGGAGCUACCCAGGCAGCGCCUCCCACCCAACAGACCGAAGUUGGUGAGAACAUGCGUGACAACGUGAAUAUCUCGCAAUCAUCGAGUCAAUCAUCUCCGAACCCAACCUUAACGCCGCUUCAAGCAGUCCCCCGUGAUCCCCAGGGAAGCAAGAAGCGUACUUGCGACGAAGAUGGUCUCGAAUCUACGACAAACGGACAUGUCAACAAAAAAAUCAGAGAAGCUGCCAAUACCAAAGGAGAGUUGCGAAGAAAAAAGAAGAAAGGGGGGAAUAGAGAGAAAGCUGGUGCAGUCUAG